AAAGGAACAAAAGGAAGGUGACUUGGAUUGCAUUGUUUUGAAAACAAAGAAGUGCAAAAUGGGUAAAAUAUUCCUUGAUCACAUUGGUGGCACCCGUUUAUUCUCAUGUGCAGCAUGUGAUGUAAAUCUCACUAAUCGUUCGGAAUUAAUAAGCACAAGAUUUACUGGUGCUACAGGUAGAGCCUUUCUGUUCCACAAAGUAGUAAACUUGGUGUAUUCGGAGGUGCAGGACCGCGUGAUGCUUACAGGCCGCCACAUGGUCCGCGACGUCUCCUGCAAGAACUGUGCCACUAAACUCGGAUGGGUGUAUGAAUUUGCUACAGAAGAAAAUCAGCGGUAUAAAGAAGGCCGUGUCAUCUUGGAAAGAGCAUUAGUGACAGAGAGUGAUGGUAUAGAAGAAAUCCAAGUAAAUAAUGAUGAUUAAAUUGUAACCAGAAUUCAGACAUUAAAUUAUAUUAUAUAAUCUAUUUCAUAGAUAAUAAAGCUCUUAUCUUGUCUAAUGCUAAAUAAAUGAUAAUAUAACAUAA